CCAAGUCAGUCUUCACCAGUGUGUGGGGUUGCUGUUCUGGGGUUGGAAAACGAUGAAGGCAGCAGCUGCUCAGAGAAGUUACCUCUUUAUUAUACUCCACCCCGUCUAGGAACCUCGAACCAAACAUUGGUAGGUGUGCUCGGGACCAACAUUAAUCUUCGGAGCUGACUCUAUUACUGACUUUACUGGGCGUGGAGACUAGAUGCUUGACUUAUUUUGUCAGUGUUCAAUUCGAACGGAGUAUUUGCAGAUUGGAGAAUAUUUAAAUCGUAGACAUAUGAUUGCAGGAUUCAAAGAAUGAUGGCAGAUGAAUUACAAGUGGGAAAAGCCAACAAUUUGGAGGUGUUCUCGUUACCAGAAAACUCGGCUGUCCAGAAAGAAUGUGAUGAUGUGGAUGAAGAACCAAGUGAGACAGAGGAUUUAUCAGAUUAUUUGAAAUCUCUGAGUGAAGGACAGGCACAGUCCAAAAAGUUGUGUGGGUAUCUCAACAAGCUAGGAGGCAAAGGACCACUCAAAGGCUGCAAGACUCGUUGGUUUGUGUACGAUCCAAGGAAAUGCCUUCUGUAUUAUUUCCGAACAGCCCAUGAUAGCAGUCCAUUGGGGAGCAUGGAUUUAUCUCAUGCUGCAUUUAAUUAUUGCCUGGAAGCUGAGGAAGGAACCUUUGAAAUCAAAACUCCAGAGAAGGAUUAUACUCUGAAGGCAAAAAAUAGAGAAGUCAUGAUGUACUGGUUACAGCAAUUGCAGCAGAAACGCUGGGAACAUGAUGAUAAGCAGAACCACCUCUUUGAAGGUGAUGUCCCCACUUCUGAACAGUCUCCUGACUCCCCACCACCAUUCAAAAUAGAAGAGGAAACAAAUGAAUUCUUGGAUCCGGUGAAGACACCUACAGGCCUGGUUGGGGAAGAAGCGGCUUCACUGCCUGCCCCAUUGCAGCCAACCACUUUGUACAACAUCUCCCUCAAGCAUCUGGGAACAGAAAUCCAAAAUUUUGGUUCAAAAACUGUAUUUCAGUUUUAUGGGAACAAGCAAUUAAGGGAAAAUCGAACAAGCUAUGAGGAAAUCAACCAGGCAACAAGUGAAAUGAGUGAAAGUCCAUCCCUACCCAAAGGAGCAGAUAUAUCAGUUAAAGAGUGUCAUCUGGAAGUGCAGAAGCCUCCAUCCCAGAAGUCUUCAACAGGCAACUUGAAGAACAUGGCCGGUCUACUUAAUGCUAGUCCAGUGUCUCAGGAGAGGCUUCCAGUGAAGGAUGGGAUCUUCCAAGACAAGGACACCAGGUUACACAAUGACAUCUUGAAACUCACAAGGGAGCUUGAUGCACAGAGGGACUUGGUAAAGCUUCUGCACAGGGCUCUUGAAGCAGCGCAGCAGGAGAAGAGGGCUUGUAGCUCAUACCUUGCGGCUGAUGACUCCACCCGUCUGGAGCUGGUGAGGCACAAGGUGCGGCAGAUCAGGGAGCUGGAGAAUCGGGUGCGCCUGCUGGAGCAGGAGAAGCAAGAGAUGGAACAGAACUUGAAGCUCCAGCAAAGCCACAUCGAGGAGCUGAAGCAGCACGCCCAGCUGCUGAUGGAGAAGAACCACGCCAAGCAAGAAGUCAUCCUAAAGCUCUCAGAGCAGAUGGCGGCUGAGAACACUGACAAGCCAGAAGAUUAUGACGAGGUCAUCACUACAACCCUGCAUGAGCUAAGGGAGAAAGUUUCACAUAUGAAGGAUGUUGAAGAAGGCUACAAAACGCAAAACAAAUUCUUAAAUUCUGAGAUCUAUCAGAUCACCAAGCUGUGGCAGAAAACCAGGGAUCGUGAGAAGGCCCUGACCAUGAAGUGUGCAUAUCUGGAGGCCAGGUACUGCCAGAUUGAGAGUAAAUACCUGGUAUUGCUUCACAAGCUCCAAGACAUCAGUGGCCAAGAUGAAACCUGUCAAGAACUAGUAAAGCAGUUUAUUUCUGACCAGCUGAAAUGGGAGAUGAAGGAUGAAUCCAGUCUUACAGUUGGCAGGCUUUGCAGUGAGCAUGAUGAAUAUGGCUUCAAGUUGGUAUCUUCCCCGGUGCAGGACCAAAACAUCUUAACCAGAAUCCAGGCUCUUGAACGAAAGUCUAACAACCUGAUGGUCAGUCAGGAAGGUCAGGAGAAAAACAUCCUGGUGAAAUGGGAAAACCUCCUCUCCAGCAAGACCUUUGGAGAACUGGUGCCGACACCAGAGUUAAAGAACCUGAUCAGAAAUGGCAUACCCAAGGAACAUCGAAGGCAUGUUUGGAGAUGGUGCACUAAUAGACGGGUUCAGCAAAUAAGGGAGCGAUACAGUAGCAACCGUUACCAGGAGCUGCUAAAGCUUUGCAAGAACAAACAGCAAGCAGCCUCCAAGCAGAUCGAGCUGGACCUCCCACGGACACUGACCAAUAACAUGCACUUCAGCUCACCCACUUCCAAGAUGGUUCAGAUGCUGCGCCGGGUGUUGCUGGCAUACUCAUGGCAAAACCCAGAUAUUGGGUACUGUCAAGGACUGAACAGACUGGCAGCUAUUGCAUUGUUGGUGCUGCAGGAAGAAGAAGAUGCCUUUUGGUGCCUGGUCGCUGUUGUUGACUGCAUCAUGCCAGAAGAUUACUACAGCAAAACUCUCACAGGCUCCCAGGUUGACCAGAGAGUCUUUAAGGAUCUAUUGUCGGAGAAGUUGCCUAGGCUGGUGUCCCACUUUGAGCAGUACAAUGUCGAUCUUUCUUAUAUCACUUUCAACUGGUUCCUCGUGGUCUUUGUGGACAGCCUGCAGACUGACAUCCUCCUCCGGGUCUGGGAUGCAUUCCUCUACGAGGGAACAAAGGUUAUAUUCCGGUAUGCGCUGGCAAUCUUCAAAUACCAUGAGGAAGAAAUUCUCAAACUUCAUGACAACCUGAGGAUUUAUGAUUACCUGCAAUGCCUGACCAAAAGCAUUUCUGAGGGAAGGAAACUGAUGAAUAUUGCAUUUGUUGAAAUGAACCCAUUCCCCAUGAGGCUGCUUCGGAACCGACGGACUGUACAUCUGGAGAAACUCAAAGCUGAGCUGAGGGAGCUGGAAAGGAUACGGGUAGAAUAUGUGAAAGACAGAGAAGAACAUAAGGAACUGAUUGGUGUUGUUAGUGAGGAUGAGGAGGAAAUGUAAAGGGCAUGUUCUGCAACCCCUGUCUCUGAAAUUUCUGCAAGGGAGGUUUGGGAAACCUGACAAUGUCUUCAAGGAGCUGCUGCACCUCAGAUGCCCAGUGAUGACAAUUGCUUUCUGCAAGAUGCAUUUCCUUAAUUUGUAGGAGAAUGCACUUGAGUAAACUUGUUGGAUUUUAAUUCUUUGCCUGUUUUGUGCUUAUCAUGGCUAUGUGUUGCUGGCCAGAUAAAGCAGAGUGUAGACAUGGAGUAAAACUUGUUGACCCAACAAAGGUGGCAUUGCCAAAGCUCUGAGAAUGGCCCCAGAACGCUGAGAAUAUUUUUGCUUUUCUCACACCAAAACAUCCUGUGAAUGAGACAGAUUAUUCUAUCCCAGAGUAUUCCUGGCAGUCUUGUCCUGUUUUUUUGAUUGGAAUACUUCCCGAUUUUCGUUAAUCUGAGCUCUGAUGGAGGGUAGAUCCUAACAAUGAUAGGAUAGUGGAGUAGACAACUGAUUUCACAGGAACAUGCAUAAUUUUGGUGGCUGAUUCCUAAUUCAGCAGGCAGGUUUGCACACACUGACUGAUGUGGUUGUCAGAAUUGUUUAUUUGGAUAUUAGCUCCAUAAAGGGAUUUGUGUGUAAACUGCUCCCUUUGGUAUCCAGUAGAGAGGAUGCAUUAUCUCAAAGGUAUUUGAAGAUGCAAUGCCCCUACAAGAGAGGGGAACAAUUCCUAUUUAUGUGCCAUUAAUGUUUAACUGUUUAUCUUGUGUGUGUUACUCAAAUGUUUUCUAUGGAAGAAAUUCUUGAAAUCUAUGAAUUCUCCUCAUCUUGUUGGGUAUCUGUGAAGCUGGGAAGUUUUGGGUGCAGCAGACUUAUCAAGUUCACCCUAACUCUAAACGUGCCCAAUGAAGAUCAUUAUGUAAAACUUAAAGCUUCUACUAGGUAAAUAAAGGUACUCUGUUUGUUCUUGGAAACUAGUUUUCCCAAUGAAUGAGAGGCAGGAGAUGAUUUUUGUGACAUUAAAACAGCCAGUGAAAACCUCGCAGUAAGAGCCAAGACAAAGGUAUACAUUUCCAAAAUAUACCUAAAGUUCCUUUUGUGGUGUGUUUUCAUUGUAAAGUAUCACCUUCAACAAAACUGUUGUUGGGUUAAUUCAUAGGCUGGGGAGAACAGAGGAAGCCAUUCAGCCCCAUGGGUCCUGUUUUCCCAAUUACUGAGUUCAAGGUUUAAUCUGUGACCUAAUUCCAUGUACCCAGUCUUUCCCCAUACACCUUAGGCUAACAAAAUUCUAUCACUUUCAGAUUUUAAUAUUGGCAAUUAACUUGGUAUUAAUUUGCUGUUUGCAGAAGAGAAAUCCACUUUCUUUAAUGAGAAAUUUAAUGUUUCCCCAAAAGCUUUGAGAUUGUGAUUUCUUGGAAAAAUAAUCCAUUGUACACAAUCAAAGGGUGUUUAGUUUUUGCAUGCAAUUUCUGAAGUUAUCCUUACUUAGCGUAUGACAGAAGGCCUUUUGCCAAUUUGCAAAAAGUAAUUUUUAACCUGGUUUUAUUACAUGUUCUGUGUUGACCACUUUGUUAUAAAUAACACAAACCAAUUGUAGAUGCUCUGAGCAUUUUGUUCUGGUUUGCCUUUUCUGCACCGUAAGAUCCACGGAGUGGGCAUACGCGGUUACUAUCCUGAAUACAGCAUUUGAUGUGGGAUGUCAGACUUCAAUAAUUAGCUUGCUUGAAAUGUGAGUAAAUUAUAAUGGCAUACAAUCUGUUUAUUCCUUAUAAUUUGCUGAAUCUUUAUUGAUGGAAUAAAAAUUCAGCAAAUUAUAAUGAAUAAACAAAUUGUUUGCCAUUGUAAUUUAGAUAGCAUUAAUUAUUGAGAUAUUGUAUCUUUUCUGAUUUCUAUUUUCCUUUAAAGAUGAGCCAGAAAAUAUUAAAAAUGAUCUUAAAAGAAACUAAUUUGGAGAUUUAGAAAUCAGUAAAUAAGAGCAAAUGCAAUGCCAGAAAGGUGAUCAACUUUAAAUGUUAACUCUGUUUCUCUCCCCACAGAUACCACCUAACUUGCUGAGUAUUUCUGUUUUUAUUUCAGAUUUCCAGCAUCUGCAAUUUUCUUUUGCUUUUAGAGGUCAAAGAUGUUGGACAUAAGCUUAACCCUCCCUCCCCUUACUUGUGACCAUGAUCUCUUACAGGGGACAAACACCGUUCCUACAAAAGAUGGUCAUGGUAUAAAUCCAUCCAGAAUUUGGGAAACUGAUUUAAAAAUUGCCCCCAAAAAUUUGUUGAAUCCAAUCCCUGGUAUUUUUUAUUGUCUUUUAAAGAACAUCAAACAUGCAUAAAGACCUACUAGUUGCUGCUUUUGACCACAGAGUUCUCGUUUCUGACAAAGGGCCUUCAACUUGAAAUAUUAACUCUGUUUCUCUCUUCACAGAUGCUGCCUGACCUGCUGAGUGUUUCUAGCAUCUUGUUUUUAUUUCAGAUUUCCGGCAUUGCACUUUAGAGUUUCGUUCUUCUUUCUGGAACUUUUUUUCUAUGGUUGAUUGAGUCAUUUGAAUCCUCCAACAUUUGGAGGAGGUGAGCAUUGUAAUCCAGUCGGUUGCUCCUCAGAGACACUGUGCUUGUGAAUAUGAGAAGCGAAGCUUAGAUGCUUCCUGGCAUCUCUUAUGGCCUCUGGACUCAUCUGGACAUGCCUCUCUCAACAUCACUGGAUGGCUGGUACCAGAUAGAAACUUAAAUGGUUGUUGGGAAGAACAGAGGGAGAGAGGAUAUAGUAGAGCUGCUGCCUCAUAGCUCCAAUAACCUGGAUUCACUCCUGACCUUAGGUGUUAUCUGUGUGGUUUGCAUAUUCUCCCUAUUCCUCCCACAUCCCAGAGAUGUGCAGGUUGGUAGGUUAAUUGGCCAAUAAAUUACCCCUAGAGUAGUUAAGAGAGAAUCUGGGGGAGGUGAUGGAAAUGUGGGAAGAAUAAAAUGCCCUUAGUCUAAAAUGAAAGCUUUAUGAUUGGUGGAGACUAAUUGGGCUGAAGCUGUGUAAUUCUAAAAAUAGAGGUAAUCUAAAUCCACAUUUGCAACAUUAGAUGCCCAAACUUUGUGUUAACAAUUACAGAUUCUUUCACAAUUAUCUUUAAAAUUAUCAUGGUGAAUUAUUUUAGAGCAUGUAGCAACCAUAUUUGUAACCACCAACGAUCAAAUGAUGGUUUUCAAUGGAAACCUGUCUACAAUAGCUGUGUCUGAUAACUUGCCAUGAGGCAGCCAUAAACCAAGUUUCAUAAAAGGUCAGGCAAAUUACUUGUGAUUGUCAUCAUUUCUGAAGGAAGUAACCAAUAUUUCCUUUUGCAUUGUGCUAAGUCUGGUCAGAAAAAUCUGGAGGGAAAAGUCUUCAAAAUAUCUAAAUCUGCAUUUAAUUAAGAUGAGUUUCGACACCUAAUUGUAAUAGCAACUGCUAAAGUGUUCAGUGGAAGCUGAACUGCCUGUACUCUCACUUUUAGAUUAAUUAUACAGCUGUCAGACAUAAUCCACGCAAAGCAAUACUUGAGAAGCUUACUUUAAUCUUCAUCUGCAAAUUAAUUCCCUAUUUCUUGGUUUGUAAAUCUGCCAGCUGAGGUGACACUGAUGUUCUCCUGCUAAUAUGCUUUAAAGCUUCAUUAGUAAACGUGCAUAAUAUUAGGCAGAGCCAACCACUACUGCACUGAUGAUGCUGUUCUGCCAGCACUUUGUUCUCAAAGCCCAAGCACAUGAUGUUCAGUGCCCAUGAAUUCUUAUCUCCCAUUCAUCUCUCGUGUCCUCUUAUCCUGUAGGUACUGCUUAUGGUGGAGUGAAGUCAGUGACACAUGGCCAUUACUUCAUGUGAGAAUUUUACACGUAUUGGUAGGCUAUUUUACCAAUUGGACUUUCACAACCUUAGAGUUGUAGAGAGUUACAGCAGGGAAACAGGCUCUUUGACCCAUGAAGUCUGCACUGACCAUCAACCAACCACUUACAUUAAUCCUACAUUAAUCCCAUUUUUGUUUUGUUUAUUCUCCCCACAUUCUCAUUAACUCCCCCCUAGAUUCUACCACUCAACUACACAAGGACUAAUUAACCUAACAAUCUGCAUGUCUUUGGGAUGUGGGAGGAAACGCACGUGGUCUACCUUGUAUGAUUCCUUCUGUCAACUACCAAAGAGACAACUUCCUAAUAAGAACCCAGUGAUCAAAACUGGAGAAUUUUGCUUCAUGUUUAAGCUUCACCCCAUCCCUCCCAGCCUGAGACCAAUAAAUUCACUGAAUCUGAUAUCUUCCUGAGCUACCUGGUCCAGUUCCCUGAGAUUUUUUUAUACAGUUUAAAAAUCCUAUUUAUAGUCGAUAAAUAUUCAGCCUAACUCAAAUGGAAAAUGAUUCCUUGUGUGACUUUUUUUUGUAUUAAAUGCUAAUAUAUUUUGAGUACAAGGUACAAUCAUAAUUGUUCGAACUACCAACUUGCAUGUCAACUUGCGAACCAAGAGUUGCAUGUCACUCCUUCAUGGUGUGACAUCCUUUGACAGCACAUUUUUUAUUUAAAGGACCACUUGCCUUCUAUACUUGGACAUAAGCAGGCAAUAAUAAAUAAAAUGAUCAUGCUUUAUUCCUAAAUAUUUUGUGUUGACUUAAGUAGGUGUAUAUUUUUGAUAAAUGUAUUAAAACGUUUCAUGCAAUGCUGCAGAAGGUUGGAGAUUAUUUUUCUACUAAAAUGUAUUUUCUUUAAGUUGCAAAUUUAUAUAAAUAAAUAUAAAAAUAGGUUGAAUUUAUACUGAACUAUUAUUUAUUUGUUCACUGUUUUUUGACAUUACCAACAAGGAAGCAUUUAUUGCUCUUUUGUAAUUGCCCUUGAACUGAGUGGCAUUUUGGGUCCAUUUCAGAGGGAAGUUAAGAAUUGACCACAUUACUGGGUUUGGGGUAACAUAUAGGCUAGAGGUGGUAAACGUG